AUGUCCGAGUCUGGCAUCGGCGAGCUCGCCUCCCAGCUCUACGAUGCCUGUCUGGAAUCCUAUGACACCAACCACCUCUUCUACCAGCAGGACUUCCUGAGCCUCGACAUCAUCCCAAAGAAUGAUCCGCAACUACUCCUCAAGUGCACCCAGCAGCUGGUCGAUCAGAAAUUAUUGCGACUGCACCAGGACAAGAAUGAGCGGCUCGCGUGGAAGAUCAUCUCCCGGGAAGAUGCGGACAAACUCCAGAACCUCAGUGCCGACGAGGGCCUGGUGUACAAUGUCAUCCACUCCACCGCCCGGUCGGGCAUCUGGGUGCGCGCCAUCCAGACCCGCACAAACCUGCACAAGUCGAUCCUCGACCGCUGCCUGAAGUCGCUCGAGGGCAAGAAUUAUAUUAAAAGCGUCCACAAUGUCAAAUACCCGACCCGCAAAAUGUACAUGCUGGCCGGUCUGGCUCCGAGCGAAGACAUCACGGGCGGCGCCUGGUUCACCGACGGUGUCCUAGACGCCAACUUUAUCAACAGUGUCGCCGGCUACAUCGAGUACACCGUCAGCCGGAAGAGCUGGUUUGAAGUGCCCGCCGACCGCGGUCGCACGGCCAAGCGCAUCAAGACCGCCACCGGCAAGGCCGAUGUCAAGUCCGAGGCCGCCGAAAAGACCUACCUGCCCUACCCAUUCAACUACGAGGGCUAUCCCACCGUGCAGACAAUCACCAACGCCGUCAACGAGAGUGGUAUUACCCCAGUGCGCUUGGGUGAAGAGAGCAUCGUCCAGCUCCUCCAAAUGCUCUGCUUCGACAAGAAGCUCGUUGAGCUGAACCUGAAGAACGGCACCGCCUAUAAAUCCGUUAAAAAUCCCGAGGCCGUCAAAGAAAAACAGUCUCGCAAGCAUCCCGCCGAAGGCGAAGAUCCCGGCCCAAUCAACGAACCCGGAAAGAGCAACGGUAUGACCGACUCGCCAUGCGGACCCUGCCCGAGCUUCCGGCUGUGCUCACCGGGCGGCGCCAUCAGCCCCGAGACGUGCGAGUACUUCGAUCCUUGGAUGGAGAAGAAUCUCGCUUUCUGA